UUUGCCACGUCCGUUCCGACGCGCUGAGGGCAACGUGGUUCUGCUGUAGCUGGGCGAGCAGGAUCUCAGAAGGCUCAGCCUGGCUGGUGUUGGUGUGUGCCAGUAGGCGCACGACGGUGACGCCAUGCACCGUGAGGCCCUCGUGCCCCGGCAGGAAGUGCACGCCGUCACCGCACAGGAGCGCACGCCAGCGGCGGUGUUGUCGUCAACGUCAUCAUCGCCACUGCUGCGGCCGCUGCGUCCCUGCCCCUGCCACCGCAGCCGCCACCGAGACGCCCUCAGCCAAGUCACCAUCGCAUCCCGAUUCGACUACGGUGCGAAAAGAAGUUCAACGUGCACGCGUACAACACUCUCUCCUCAAAGGAUGGUACAGAGGGGAAAAGCGAGCCAUGAAGUUCGCUAUCCCAAGCAUUUGGCAGGAACCCACUGACCACUCAAGCAACUGCUACUUCUGCAUGGUGGACCCUUCCAAACGUCGGACUGGCAAGAAUGCACCUGCUAUCACGUAUCCGAACCUCCCUGUACCCACUCCUCUGGGGAGAGAGCAGCGGUCUUUAGAAGAGAGCAGCAAGUCAGAGAGCGAGGAAGCCGUUGUAGAUCCAGAUGGUAAUUUCAGAGGUGGAGCUGAGGAGAGAAAUCCAUACUACCCCAAUAAAAAAGACCUCAACGACUUGAUCAAAGAUUUUGGUCUCACCAAGUCCAAUGCCGAGCUUUUGACGUCUAGGCUCAAGCAGUGGAACUUGUUGGAUGAAAGUGUGCAAGUCGCAGAUCAGAGGAAGCGUCACCAACCUUUUUGCAGCUUCUUCACCCUUCAAGAUGGGCUCUGCUUCUGCCACAAUGUGACCAGUCUGUUCGAGACAAUUGGAAUCGCCUGUAACCAGAAUGAGUGGCGCCUCUUCAUUGACAGCUCAUCCAGGAGCCUCAAAGCCGUGCUGCUCCAUAAUGGUAACAAGUCCCAGUCUCUUCCACUGACUCACUCGGUACGCCUCAAAGAGGAUUACAACAGCAUCAAGACCUUGCUGGACGCCUUGAAGUAUGAUUAGUAUGGUUGGGAGGUCAUCAGAGACUCCAAAAUGGUGGAAUUCCCAAUGGGUCUCCAAGGCGGUUUUACCAAGUUUCCCUGCUAUCUUGCCUUUGGGACAGCAGGGACACCAAGGCGCACAACCACAGGUGGGACUGGCCACAGCGGACCGAGUUCUCUGUGGGGAGGAACAACGUCAAGUGGGAGCCACUGGUGGACCUCCGGAAUUGCUGAUGCCACCACUGUACAUCAAAUUGGGCCUGAGCUGUAGAUAAGGAGUCGGCAGCCUUCAAGUACCUUCAAGACUUCUUCCCUAAGCUGUCUGAGGCAAAGAUUAAAGCCGGUGUCUUCGUCGGACCACAGAUAAAGAAUAUCCUGGAGUGCAAUGAAUUCCCCAAGAAGCUCACUAGUAAGGAGAAAGCGGCUUGGGACAGCUUUGUCGCAGUGGUUCGUGGCUUGCUGGGCAAUCACAAGUUCGAAAACUAUGUGGUGCUGGUUGAGACUCUGAUGAAGAACUACGGCACAAUGGGCUGUAGAAUGUCCCUCAAAGUCCAUAUCCUUGAUGCUCAUCUUGAUAAAUUCAAGGAGAACAUGGGAGCGUACCCGGAGGAGCAAGGCGAGCGCUUCCACCAGGAUAUACUGCACUUUUAACGCCGCUACCAAGGACAGUAUAACGAGAACAUGAUGGGAGACUACAUUUGGGGGCUGAUUCGUGAAAGUGAUUUACAGUAUAAUCGUAAUCUCGAAAAACUACUCACUUCUAAAUCUUUUGUAGUUAUUUUUGUAUUACUUUAGUAUAAAUACAUAUCAAUUUUGGUGAAUGCUUUUUUCUGACUUUUGGAACUAAAAGACACAAAUUCGCUCGUUUUCUCAUUUAAAAUAGGUAAAUUUCAAAAUAUCAAUGUCCUGGUCACAAAGGCAAAGUUUGUGGGGAAUAAUAGGCAUUUACUACCCAGGAACAAAAAUUGUGUUUUAUCACGGUUGGCUACGUAUGGUGCGAAUGAAGUUCAACAAACAUUGUUUAGUUUGCUGUCCUUCCCCCGCACCCCCGAUUAGCACGGUUGGCUACGUAUGGUGAAAAAGAAGUUCAACAUACAUGUUCAAGUCCAGGCUCAAGAUCUUAAUUUUUUUGCUCUGCCUGUGACUGUCUAAAUCUUUCAAUAAAAUAAAUAUGUUGUAUUAUUAAGUACAAAUUGUAUUGUAUCUAUCUUUUGUAUUUCUUUUUUUAGAAAUUAUUUGUGUUUCGUUUGUUGCCCUUCCCCUGCACCUCCGAUUGACACGGUUGGCUACGAACGUUGUUAAUAAGUUCAACGUACACAUUGUCAUUUAAACAACAUCUUUCAUUUCUUCCUCUUUGUUCAGUUUUAUGAUGUGCUGCAUUUUUAAUUAGCGAUGGCAUAAAUAGGUAAAUGUACACGAUCUACCGUCUGAUUCAGCGAAUGUGACCUAUUGUGCUUGGAAAAUGAGUGUUAGGAAUUCUUGUAAUCUGUUGACAGCAUUUAAAUGCAGGGGAAAUAUAUAAAUGUAGACAAAACACAAAUUCGCCUGGAUAUUUGUGAUCUU